CAGCGGCGGCGGAGGCAGAGCAGCACGGUGCCCGCCGCAGUCAGCCCGGCCGCGUCGGACCCGCGCCCGCCCGCGCCGGGGCGCCCUCUCCACUGCGCGCGGUACAAGGAAAUGCUAGAACUGGUGAUCUCACCCAGCCUCACUGUAAACCUCGAUCGUCCGGGUAAAGCGAAGCUUAACUGUGCGGAUACCGAUGUCUGGACUCUGAGUGACGUAGAAGGCAUCACCACAUCCGCCUCCCCGAGUGUGUCUCAGCUCUUCACAAGACCUUGCCCACACGUCCUGCCCAGCCAGCCUGCCACGGCCAUGGCAGCCUACGGCCAGACACAGUACAGUGCAGGGAUCCAGCAGGCUGCCCCCUACACCACCUAUCCACCCCCGGCACAAGCCUACGGAAUCCCUUCUUACAGCAUCAAGACAGAAGACAGCUUGAACCAUUCCCCCAGCCAGAGUGGAUUCCUCACCUACAGCUCCAGCUUCAGCACCCCACCCACUGGACAGAGCCCGUACACCUACCAGAUGCACGGCACGGCGGGGAUCUACCAAGGAGCAAAUGGCCUGACCAAUGCAGCUGGAUUCGGAAGUGUGCACCAGGACUAUCCUUCCUAUCCUGGCUUCCCCCAGAGCCAGUAUUCCCAGUAUUACAGCUCGUCCUACAGCCCUCCUUACGUCCCGGCCAGCAGCAUCUGCCCUUCUCCCCUCUCGACUUCCACCUACGUCCUCCAGGAGGCAUCUCACAGCGUCCCCAGCCAGAGUUCUGAGUUGCUUGGCGGUGAAUAUAACACGCACAACGGACCCUCCACGCCGGCAAAAGAGGGAGACAUGGACCGGCCGCCCCGGGCCUCCGACGGGAAGCUCCGAGGCCGCUCCAAGCGGAGCAGCGACCCCUCCCCAGCAGGGGACAGUGAGAUCGAGCGUGUGUUCGUGUGGGAUUUGGAUGAGACGAUAAUUAUUUUUCACUCCUUACUCACCGGGACUUUCGCGUCCAGAUAUGGGAAGGACACCACGACGUCGGUGCGCAUCGGCCUGAUGAUGGAAGAAAUGAUCUUCAACCUUGCAGAUACGCAUCUGUUCUUCAACGACCUGGAGGAUUGUGACCAGAUCCACGUUGACGACGUCUCAUCUGAUGACAACGGGCAAGACCUGAGCACGUACAACUUCUCCGCCGACGGCUUCCACAGCUCGGCCCCGGGAGCCAACAUGUGCCUGGGCUCCGGCGUCCACGGCGGCGUGGACUGGAUGAGGAAGCUGGCCUUCCGCUACCGGCGGGUGAAGGAGAUGUACAACACGUACAAGAACAACGUCGGUGGUUUGAUAGGAGCUCCCAAAAGAGAGACUUGGCUUCAGCUCCGAGCCGAGCUGGAAGCCUUGACCGACCUCUGGCUGACCCACUCUCUGAAGGCACUCAACCUCAUCAAUUCCCGGCCCAACUGUGUCAACGUGCUGGUCACUACCACGCAACUAAUCCCUGCCUUAGCCAAAGUCCUGCUGUAUGGACUGGGCUCCGUGUUUCCUAUUGAGAACAUCUACAGUGCAACCAAGACAGGGAAGGAGAGCUGUUUCGAGAGGAUAAUGCAGCGAUUUGGCAGAAAAGCCGUCUACAUUGUCAUCGGUGAUGGCGUGGAAGAGGAGCAGGGGGCGAAGAAGCACAACAUGCCCUUCUGGCGGAUAUCCUGCCACGCGGACCUGGAGGCGCUGCGGCACGCCCUGGAGCUGGAGUAUUUAUAGCGGAGCCGCCGCCCCGCCACCUGCCGUCGCCGGCGCAUCCCACGCACCCACCCACGCCCUCGCCGUCC